AUGCCGAAUCUUGUUCUUCUUUGUAAUCUUUUUGUGAUGAUUUUUUUCAUUCUUCAAACACCUCAUAGCUAAACUAGAAAUGGAGGUGUUCAAUAAGUUCUAUUCAUCCGUCAGCAAUACAGUGUCUCAAUUAUCCGGUGUGCUACCGGGAAAUCCUGUAACGAGAGAAUUCGAAGCAACACAAUAUAUUGCGAGCGCAGGGCCUGGUUUAUUAUGGAAGGUGUACAAAGGAUAUAAAAAGUCAACUAAACAGGAGGCAUCAAUAUUUGUGUUUGAGAAAAAACAAUUGGAUCGAUGGUCAAAAGGAGAUAAAGAUGUAAUGAUAGAUAUAUUAAAACGUGGUAUUGUGCAGCUUACUAAGUUGAAACACCCACAAAUAUUGACAGUCCAACACAGCUUGGAAGAGAGUAGAGAGAGUUUAGCAUUUGCUACUGAACCAGUGUUUGCAAGCUUGGCAAAUGUAUUGGGCAACACUGAAAAUAUGCCUCAGCCAAUACCGAAUAACUUAGUUAACUAUAAGUUAUAUGAUGUUGAAAUUAAAUAUGGCCUGAUGCAAAUAGCUGAAGGACUAGCAUUUCUUCACAAUGAUGUUAAACUUCUACACCAUAAUAUAUGUCCGGAGUCCAUUAUUGUUAACCAGCAGGGUGCUUGGAAGAUAUUUGGCUUUGAUUUCUGUAUUGCUAAUCAGAGUAUGACAGGCUCUGCACCGUUUUGGCCGUUUAAUGAGUACUGUCAGGCUAUGCAUGCAUUAGCUCAGCCCGCAUUGGAUUAUUUGGCCCCAGAAUAUAUUCUAUCAGCCACUCAUUCCCCUGCAAGUGAUAUUUAUUCCCUUGGCAUGGUUAUAUAUGCCUUGCAUAGCACAGGCCAUCAGACGUUAGGAAAUAUAGGGAAUGAUUACACAAAAUUCAAGAAGUUCACAAAUGAAAUUAGGCACCUGUCACCAACUAAAUUGCUAUGUGUUAAUGAUGGAUUGAGAGAAUUUGUGAAGCUCAUGUUGAAUCCCACCCCUGAGCUACGACCGGAUCCUCAUCAAUUCUUAAAGAUACCAUACUUUGAGGACGUAGGUGUGAAAACACUGAACUACUUAGAUUCACUAUUCCAAUGGGACAACCUGCAAAAAUCACAGUUCUACAAGGGUCUCCCACAGAUUAUACAGAAAAUGCCCCACAGAAUAUGCAUCUACAGAAUUCUACCGUGUCUCACGAAAGAGUUUGUAAAUCCACCAAUGGUACCAUUUGUUCUACCCAACGUGCUGCUGAUAGCUGAGAACUCUUCGAAGGAGGAAUACGUAAAAUAUAUCCUACCAGUUCUAAAGCCUGUAAUGCUUAUACAAGAGCCGAUACAAAUCUUGUUAAUCUUCAUGCAGAAGAUGGAACUACUCUUAAAAUUGACACCCGGGGAUGAAGUUAAAAGUGAUAUUUUGCCAAUGCUUUACCGAGCAUUAGAAUCCGAUGCGCAACAAAUACAGGAGCUUUGCUUGUCUGUAUUACCGACAUUUGCCUCAUUGAUAGAUUACCCGGCCAUGAAAAACGCGCUGCUGCCACGUAUAAAGAAGUUAUGUCUGAGUACCAACUAUAUUUCUGUACGGGUCAACUGUCUGCUGUGCUUGGGCAAAUUGUUGGAGCAUUUGGACAAAUGGUUGGUGUUGGACGAGAUUAUUCCAUUCCUGCCGCAGAUUCCGUCGAGGGAGCCAGCAGUGCUCAUGGGAAUUUUGGGUAUCUACAAGUUAACUCUUGGCCACAAAAAGCUUGGUAUAACGAAAGAGGUGAUGGCGACUAAGGUGCUACCAUUCCUAAUACCCCUAUGCGUUGAGAAUGGGCUGACCUUGAACCAGUUCAACGCCCUAGUAUCGCUUGUGAAGCUCAUGAUAUCUAAGGUUGAGGCGGAACACAGAACUAAGUUGGAGCAGUUAAACUCAAUACAGAAUGAAUCCAAGGUAAUGGAACACGCUCUGGCGCCACCGGACAACCUAGUCUCCGCGCCACCAGUCCAGAACGACAUCGACAAAAUGUUCUCCGGCCUGGGUAUAGAUCCGUUCUCAUUCAACAACAAACCUGAGAAAGAUAACCACCCUACACCCGUUGUAGAGAGCGGCUCUUUGAGCAUGGAGGACAAACAGAGGAUAGCGCAACAGCAAGAAACCGCCCGAAAGCUAUCAAGGCAGCCGCCCCCUAAAGCCAUCCCUUCCCCUUUGAUACAACCCCCUCCGCAACCUAAACCUGUCGACCUAACCAGUUCACUGUUCCAAGCAAACCUCAGCCAACUCAAAACACUCCCAAAGGCGCCACAGACAAACAUGAUGCAGCCAAAUUACAGACCGAAUCCCAACUACAGUGUAUUCUCGGAGCCCUCCACCCAAUAUCCGAGUUACUUGCCUUUCAACGACUUGGCCAUAACACCAAACGCCAGUUGGUCCAGUCCAAGUGGUAAUUUCGCAAGCCCGUCAAAUCUGACCAAUCCCACGAGUCCAAACGCCAAUACCAUAAGUCAAAGUACUAAUUCAACGAGUGCGAUUGGUAAUAUGUCAAACCAGAGCGGGAAUUUCAACAAUAAAUGGGCCAACAAUCAGAACCAGACAAUGAAACAAGAUUGGUCAGCUUUUGAAUCUCUCCUACCUACGCAGGUUGACAGUAAUAAAGAACCUAAGAAGUUAAGCGACAGUGAAAUGAUGGAUUUGUUAAGUUAAGGAAUACCAAGCUGUCACAUUAUUUUUCAUCAUCAUCAUCAUCAUCAUCAUAUAAACCCAUAUACCAGUCCACUACAGUGCACGGGUCUCCCCCCACAAUGAAAAGGGCUUAAGGCCGCA